AUGCUCUUAUCUAAGUUGUACUACAUGGGCGUUCUGCUCGGAUGCAAGUUUGUAUCGGCAAAACCAACUACAUCGACUUGUGGUGAGCUCGUCUCAGCCCUUCCAAACCGCGUUUUUUACCCAGAGGCACCAACCUACAAUGCCACCAUAUCAUCAUACCCAUUUCUUCAACUUCGUUUACAUCCUUCCUGUAUCGUCCGCCCAACAUCUUCGCGCGAUGUAUCUACUGCUGUCAACAUCUUGAAAGAGAGCAAUCAAACUCAAUUCGCGAUCAAAGGAGGUGGUCAUAAUGCUAAUGUGGGCUUCAACAAUAUCCAAAAUGGCGUCACUAUUGAUAUGCAAAGCCUGAAUGCUGUCGAGAUUUCGCGAGGCAAUGAGGUUAUCAGAGUCGGUGCGGGGGCCUUGUGGCAGAAUGUAUAUGAUGUGGGCGACAAACGGAAUCUCACUGUUCUCGGGGGACGAAUCGGUGUUGUUGGAGUGCCUGGGUUCCUGACUGGAGGCGGAGUAUCCUUCUUCAGUCCAGAACGAGGGUGGGCUUGUGAUGGAGUUGUAAAUUUUGAAGUUGUGCUUGCCAGCGGUGAAAUCGUCAACGCCAACGCUACGUCUCACUCCGAUCUGUUCGCUGCUCUGAAAGGCGGCCAAAACAACUUCGGCGUCGUCACGCGAUUCGAUCUCAAAGCUUUCACUGCUGGGCCGAUAUGGGGUGGUCGUGUGCUAUACGCACCCAACGCCACCGUCCCGCUUCUCACAGCCUACACUGAAAUGAAGCUCGGGACAUAUGACCCAUAUGUUGCUGGAUGGGUGACUGUACGAUACAACCACACCGCCGCAACCUUCAAUCCCAUCAGUAUUCUAUGGCACACCAAGCCGCAAGUAAAACCCGGCGCAAUGCAGCAAGUCGUCACCGUCCAACCCCAAAUCUUCAACGGCAUGGUCGAGGCCCCGAUCAGCGAGCACACACGCAACGCCUCACGCAACGUCGUCGCCAAUCCCCAGCGCACCGUCUGGGCCACAACCUCGUUCAAGAUCUCCCCCACCAUCGUCCUUCGCAUCCACGACAUCUGGAAGAAACACGUCCCCGAAGUCUCGAAGCUGUACGCCCAUGCCAAACCCGUUGCAGAACUAACAUUCCAGGCCCUUCCCGCGCCCCCCAGAAACGGAAGCGCGCCCAACAGCUUUGGCUUUGCGGCCUCGGAUACGCCAGAGCGGGAUCUGCUGUUUCUACAGAUCAUCUUCACAUUUGAAGAUGCGUCUGCGGACGCGGGGUUUGAGGAAGCGCUCAAGGAUUUCUUGAAGCUGUUUGAAGACGCGGCGAGAGAGGAGGGCGUGUUGCAUCGAUUCAAGUAUUUGAAUUUCGCCGCCUCGUUUCAGGAUCCGUUUGCCGGAUAUGGGAGCGAGGAGUUGGACAAGUUGAGGGCGGUGGCGGGCAAGUACGAUCCUGAGGGUGUAUUUCAGAAGCAGGUUCCCGGGGGGUUCAAGUUGAUUUGA